AUGCUCAUCACCGAGUCGUAUACGGACGUCAAGACGUCCAAGGGAGACACCAUGAGAAUCUACACGUUCCACCCGAAAAUCCCCGGCUAUCCGCGGGCCAAGUUCCCGGGAGUCGUGGUGUACAGCGAGAUCUACCAGGUGACGGGUCCUGUUGCACGGUUUGCAAAGAAGAUCGCUGCCGAGGGCUACAUUUGCGUGGCUCCGUCGAUCUACCACGAUUUCGUCGACCACCGUCCAUUGGCCUACGACGUGAAGGGAACGGACGACGGCAACCGGUACAAGGUUGAAAAAACGGUCGACUCCUACGACGAGGACAAUAAGCUAUGCUGUGAUUAUUUGUACUCGCUGGACACGUUUAACGGGAAAAUCGGCGCCACGGGAAUGUGUCUGGGCGGCCAUCUGGCGUUCCGCGCGCUUCUUGACCAGCGCGUCACCGCGGCCGUGUGUUUCUUUGCUACCGACAUCCACUCCAGUUCGCUAGGAAAAGGCGGCGACGACUCGCUGGAGCGGGUGUGCAAGGAGCUCGACAGCCACAGACAGGAGCUGGUAAUGUUUUUCGGCACGCUCGACAACCACGUGCCGCCCGAGGGCCGCGAUCUCAUCAGGACCAAGCUCAGAGACGCGGGAGCCAAGCUCACGUUCAUGGAGAUCUGCGAUGCCCAGCAUGCGUUUGUUCGCGACGAGAGCAGCAAGGGCCGCUACGACUCGGCCAUCACAAGCUCCUGUUUCGGAUUUCUGUUUGAGCUGUUUGACAGACGACUCAAGACCGAUCUGGGCGAGGAAGACCGCAGGCCUGUUGCUGUGGAGAACGUUUGCUAG